AUGUACCCACAUGUUUACCAUCGGAUCCUUCCCUCCCUGGCGCCCGAAAUUUCCCGUGCCAUUCUUGGGAAUUCCGACAUUCCAAUCUCUCCAUUCAAAAUCCCCGUUGCUCGCUCCUCAGCCGCUGCUUCCUUCAAGCAGGGAACCCCCGCCGUCGGAUUCUCCGGGGCUCGUCUUCGCGACUUCCGACGCUCUGCGACGCCCGUUCACGCUCAGACGACUCUGCUACACAUGGCGACGGUUGCGACGAUCAAGGUCGGCGACAAGCUGCCCGACGGCAGCCUCUCGUACUUCGACGCGGAGGGCGCGCUGCAGACUAUCACUAUCGAGUCGCUCACCAAGGGCAAGAAGGUGGUGCUGUUCGCGGUGCCGGGCGCGUUCACGCCGACGUGUUCGCAGAAGCACCUCCCCGGCUUCAUCGCCAAGGCGGACGAGCUGCGCGCCAAGGGCGUCGACACCAUCGCGUGCGUCUCCGUCAACGACCCCUUCGUCAUGCGCGCCUGGGGCGACUCCGUCAACGCCGCCGGCAAGGUGCUGCUGCUGGCGGACGGCAGCGGCGUGUACACGGCGGCGCUGGGCGCGAGCCUGGAUCUGAGCGACAAGGGGCUGGGCGUGCGCUCGCGCCGCUACGCGCUGCUGGCGGACGACGGCGUCGUGACGGUGCUCAACCUGGAGGAGGGCGGCGCGUUCACCAACAGCAGCGCCGAGGACAUUCUCAAGGCGCUGUGA